AUGCAACAUAAUAAAGGUAUCAUUAUCAUUUCAGAACAAUGUCGACCAUCUGUGACCUUGCCAGACCCAAAACUCGGAUGCUGUGGUGUUCAUCUCGCUGCAUCACACACUGGCGAUAUGGGUGAUACAGCCUUAAACCAAUACCCAUGGCUGGCGCUUAUAGAAGAUCCCAACGGUAGAAUAACUUGCACGGGAGCUUUGAUAAGCUCCAGAUAUGUAUUGACCGCUGCGCAAUGCGGCUUUAGAGAACCAAAGAGCAUCCGCUUUGGGGAGUACAAUAAAACCAACUCCGAACUGGACUGCCUCAUGGUGAACGGAGCUAUGAAGUGUGCGGACAGAGUCCUGACAGUUCCAAUAGAAUACAUGAAGGCACAUCCUGAGUUCUCGACCCAAAACCCGAGAGUGCACGACUUGGCACUUAUUAAAUUGAAGACAUCAGUUCCUUACACUGAAUACAUAAGGCCCAUAUGCCUCCCAAGCUCUGACAUCAACACAUCUCCACCAAAGGGUCUGCCCUUCACAGUUGCAGGUUGGGGCAGCAAGCCUUCAAGUCUUCAGGAAGAUGAUGUGGUCAAACAUUUCGUUGAACUUCCUUACAAGUCCUUAGAGCAAUGCAAAGCCGCCUACGAGAAAUACCACCCAGGGCACUUCACCAUCACAAACCAACAGAUCUGCGCUGGCGGUGAAAAGGACAGAGACUCCUGCAGAGGAGACGGAGGCGGUCCUCUCAUGUAUGAAGAAAAUGGGCGUCACACAGCCGUCGGCGUCGUCAGCUUUGGUCCGAAGCAGUGUGGUACCAAUGGAAUCCCUAGUGUUUACACCAAUGUCUUCAAGUAUAUGCCCUGGAUACGAAGCGUGGUUAGGGCUUAG